AUGAGCGUCCGCCACCGCACCUCCUCAACUGAUGCGAAGGCCGAUGCGCUCCAACAAUACCAGGACUCUGACGGCCAUUUUUCGCUCGUCAGAAACUUUCGUCUGGCAGAUUUAGUGACUAUCAUGAAUGGUGUCUGCGGCUCCUUCUCUAUCUUCUCCUCUGCCCACUAUCUCAUCAACAAUGAUGUUGACUACCUCUGGUCCGCCCUAUGGUUUCCCGUGGCCGGUCUCAUGUUCGACUUUUUCGAUGGCAAGGUCGCACGAUGGCGCAAAUCAAGUAGUCUGCUUGGGCAGGAGCUCGACAGUUUGGCUGACCUGAUUUCGUUUGGAGUUGCCCCCGCUCUCCUAGCGUUUGUUGUCGGACUACGAACAUAUCUUGACACAGUUCUUCUGACCUCAUUCAUCUGCUGCGGAUUGGCCAGAUUAGCCCGCUUCAACGCAACUGUUGCCUUAGUCCCCAAAGACGAGGCAGGGAAAGCGAAAUAUUUCGAGGGGCUCCCGAUACCCUCAUCGCUUGCUCUCGUUGGAGUGUUAGCAUUUUGGACCUGGAAUGGGUGGAUUGAGGGACAGCAAGGCUUACCGUUGGGCACGUGCACGCUGUGGGGUGCUGCCGGCGGGCGGGGAGAAGUACAUCUAGUCAGCUUUGUGUUUGGAGCUUGGGCGGCCGCGAUGGCAAAGGAUGUUCGACGCGUCUUCCUCCAAUCAGUUUUGUCCCGUGGUAACAGCGUGCUCUCAGACGCGCUAUGCCAGACGCUGUGGGGAAAGUCAAAGGAGAUUGUCCAGACCGUCAAUCCCAAUGUCGAGCUCCCCGACGAAGAGUGGCUCGAUUUCGUGGCCAAUCUAAACAAGUCGCUUGACCCCCUCCAACUCGAACUCAAGUCAACACAAGACGAAAUCACCGGCCGCCUUGUCUACUCCAUGGUCAACUGCAAAGAGGACGGCGUUUCCCAACUCGCAACAGCUUAUACACCCAUCGAGAUCGCGUACUUCAAAGCGGUGGUCGAGCAAAUCAUGCUGGCCCCACGCGAAUCCUACUCGAUCUCCUCGUUGGCUGCCCUGCGAGAAGUCAGUGCGCUCAAGCCCAAAUCCAAUAUGAGCAAGACCCAAGCGGAGGUCGUCUUGUCGAGUUUCGUGGCAAACGGGUGGCUGCUCCGAAGCAAGCGUGGUCGCUACUCCCUCUCCUCGCGUUCGUUGCUCGAGCUGGCGCUGUAUCUCAAAUCGACAUACCCUGACGAGCUACACGAAUGCACGUUUUGUUCUGGGGUUGUCACAAAAGGCUACGCUUGCAAAGCACCCAACUGUGAUUGCCACAUUCACACUCAGUGCUUUACCAAGCUCAUCCAGCGGUCGCGACACUGUCCGGCUUGCAGCAAGGGGUGGCCAAACAAGGGCGACGAAAUGACGCCGAUCGGUGAAGCCGCUGUCCGUGAUGGGGAGGAUGGAAAGAGACGAGUGAGAAGGGCAGCAGAAAACAGCGACGAAGAUGAUGAUGAUGAUGAUGAAGACGAAGAGGACCAAAUUGACACUUCAAGCCGUAAACCAGACCAGUCAAUGGAUGUUGAUGAAGAGGACUCUGAUACUCCAGUCAAGAAAACGAGAGGCUCCCGUCGGAAAUGA